AUGCCUCGACAAGCCAAGAAACCUCGCACCACGUACCAUCAGUCCGACAACGCCGACGUCUACCGAAAGAAUGCGUCGUUCGUCUUCUCCUCCGAAUACACCGCGCCCGUCCUGCGCCUUCUCGAUCCACAGCCUGGCGAAAGAAUCGUCGACCUCGGCUGCGGCACGGGCGAACUUACCAUAGAGAUCGGUCGCAUUCUCGGUUCCACCGGUUGUAUCGUCGGUCAAGACGUCAGCAGCGACAUGAUUAUCACGGCCGAACUACAAUACAUCAAAGAGGCGGGUAUGCUCGAAUCGAACCUCGCUGCGGCCAACUUUAAAGCGCAAGACGGUCACGACGGUGUAUGCUUACCAUUCAAUAAGCUACCUGUGGAUAAGGUGUUUAGCAAUGCGGCGCUGCACUGGAUGAAGCGUUCGCCGCAGUUGGUGCUUUCGCAUGUCUUUGGAGCGCUGAAGCCAGGUGGGCGUUUCGCAGCAGAGCUCGGAGGGCACAUGAACUGCGUCGGUGUACGAUCGGCGCUCCACCGUGCAAUCAGAGCGCGAGGACUGGAUCCGGAUAGCUUGGAUCCGUGGUUCUUUCCCACCGCAGAGCAGUACUCCACCAUGCUGCGAAAGGAAGGCUUCGUAGUGGAAUCCUGCGAACUUGUUCCGAGACUCACACCGCUACCCAAAAAGACGGGUCUCAAGGGAUGGCUCAGCACGUUUGCAGGUCCGUUCCUGAACGCGCUACCGACGAUGGCGGAAGAGAUCGUGGAUGAAGUGGAAGAGGCGCUCAAGGUGGACAUGUACGAUGAGGGGAGUGGGGUGUGGACGGUUAUGUAUGUUAGACUGCGCGUGCUGGCUUUCAAACCAGAGUGA